AUGCACCAUCCUCUCCUCCGCGGGAAACAAAAAUGGCGAAGGGCCGCAGCGAAGCCGGGCUGCCCGUGAGGCGGGUGUGACCCCUCCUCUGCGCGGAGGGCCCGGCCGCGGUGCGGCCCUGGGAAGGGCGCUGUGCCCGUUGAUUUCCCUGCAUGCGGCGGUUAGCACCACUGGAGAGACCGAAUGAGAGACUCUACAGGGGUGGGUAAUUCAUUGGUCCACAAGCGGUCUCCUUUACGCCGAAACCAAAAGACCCCAACAUCCUUGACUAAGCUGUCCAUACAUGAUGGACAGAAAGCCAAAAAGCCCGUGUGUAAAUUUGAAGAAGGUCAGGAUGUCCUAGCUAGAUGGUCAGAUGGCUUGUUUUAUCUUGGAACCAUCAAAAAGAUAAACAAACUGAAACAGAGCUGCUUCAUUAUAUUUGAAGACAGUUCCAAAUCCUGGGUUCUGUGGAAGGACAUACAAACAGGAGCCACUGAAAGUGGGGAAAUGGUCUGUACGAUAUGUCAGGAGGAGUAUUCAGAAGCACCUAAUGAAAUGGUUAUAUGUGAUAAAUGUGGCCAAGGUUAUCAUCAGCUGUGUCACACACCAAACAUUGAUUCCAGCGUGAUUGAUUCGGAUGAUAAAUGGCUUUGUCGACAAUGUGUUUUUGCAACAACAACUAAGAGGGGCGGUGCACUUAAGAAAGGACCCAAUGCCAAAGCACUGCAAGUCAUGAAGCAAACCUUACCAUACAAUGUAACAGAUCUUGAAUGGGAUGCAGGUCAUAAAACUAACCUCCAGCAGUGUUACUGCUAUUGUGGAGGCCCUGGCGACUGGUAUUUAAAGAUGCUGCAGUGUUGCAAAUGUAAACAGUGGUUUCAUGAAGCUUGUGUGCAGUGUCUCCAAAAGCCAAUGCUUUUUGGUGACAGGUUUUAUACAUUCAUUUGCUCAGUUUGCAGUUCUGGACCAGAAUACCUCAAACGUUUACCCUUGCGAUGGGUAGAUAUAGCACAUCUAUGUCUUUACAACCUAAGUGUUAUUCAUAAGAAGAAAUACUUUGAUUCGGAACUUGAACUUAUGGCAUACGUUAAUGAAAACUGGGAUCGAUUGCAUCCUGGUGAGCUGGCAGACACACCAAAAUCUGAAAGAUAUGAGCAUGUACUGGAGGCAUUAAAUGAUUACAAGACUAUGUUUAUGUCUGGAAAAGAAAUAAAGAAAAAGAAGCAUUUGUUUGGCUUGAGAAUUCGUGUUCCUCCAGUGCCACCAAAUGCUGCUUUAAAGGCUGAGAGAGAACCCGAAGGAACAUCUCAUGAGUUCAAAAUUAAGGGCAGGAAAUCAUCUAAACCAAUACCUGAUACAAGGGAAGUAACUAAUGGUAUAGAAAGGAAGGGGAAGAAAAAAUCAGUAGGUCGUCCCCCUGGUCCCUAUACAAGAAAAAUGAUUCCCAAAACUCCAGAGCCAUCUUCUUUGGAAAAGGAACCAGUUCCAGUGGUAGAGACCCCAGUCCUGGAUUUGCCCCCCUCUGUUGGUCCUAUUAUCUUGCAUCUCAGGAGAGCUGAUGGAACUGCACAUUCAUCUAAUACCUCAGAUGUGGAAUCCACAGGUGCUGCCAGUACAAAAGAAACUACCUCAUCUAGCAUUUCACGACAUUAUAGCUUAUCUGACUCCAGAAAAAGGACUCGUACAGGAAGAACUUGGCCUGCUGCAAUACCACAUUUGAGGAGAAGAGGUCGCUUUCCAAGAAAAGCACUCCAGACUCAGAAUUCAGAAAUUGUAAAAGAUGAUGAAGGCAAAGAAGAUUAUCCAUAUGAUGAACUCAAUACAGAGAUUCUUAAUAAUUUAGCAGAUCAGGAAUUACAGCUCAAUCAUCUGAAGAACUCAAUUACUAGUUAUUUUGGUGCAGCAGGUAGAAUAGCUUGUGGUGAAAAAUAUCGUGUUUUGGCUCGUCGGGUGACACUUGAUGGAAAGGUGCAGUAUCUUGUGGAGUGGGAAGGAGCAACUGCAUCCUGACUGUAGGACUGAACAUUAUGUUCACUGCACUGUCAUCUGUAGGUACAGUUUUUAACCCGGAGCCCUGCAGGAGAUGUGUCUUUUAAUGUGUUUCUAAAAAAAAACAACAAAAAAAACAACAAAAAAACCCAACAAACCAAUUUAGCCUUAACAUGUACUUCUUAACAUUACAACUAUUGUAAUAAAGACGUAUCUUUUUAAAAUCAGAUCUGAUACUUAAAUUUUUUAAUCUGAGCAUUGUUAGAUUGUUUUAGGUUGGAAUAUUUUGGGUUACAAUUACUUAAAAAUGUGCAUGUUUUUUUUUAAAAAAAAAGACAUUUUCUAGAGAACAUUCCAUGGACGCAGUUUUGUGAUUAGGAAAAAUAUUAUGUAGAUAGCACAAAUCUUUGGAGAAACUUGGUUUGUUUUCUUACCCAAAUGUUUGCAGAAAUGUAUUUCUAUUUCAAUAUCCUCUAGAUUUCCUAAAGUGCAGUGUAUAUAAUGCCUACUGAAGACUGUAAAAUAAUAUUGAAGUUUUCUUUCAAGCAAAGUGUAAGAGAAAAAGAGGAAAAAAAAAAGAAAAAAUAUAUUGAGCCUGUAAAUUG